AUGCUACGUGUAUUAUUAUUUGUUAGACCCUAUGACCAUGUCGCUCACGCAAAUUCAGUAGAUCGUGGUUGGGAUGGUUCUCUCCGGGCAAAGAAUAAAAAUGGCCAACAACAUCUCGUCUCAAAUACUUAUGGUUGGUCAUCACAUAAUUGUUCAUGUCAAAGACGAAAAACAGGUCUCGUCUUAUAUCCUAUUCAUACAUCAUAUAAAAACAUUGUGCUACUUGUUUGUGAAAAUUGUUAUGGCUAUACACAAAACGGUGGUACACAGCACGAACAACUACAUCAAUGGUAUUAUAGGAUCUAUGGUGAUUCAAAACAGUUUCGUUUUGUAUCUGGAUUCUCUUUAAAAGAUGACGGCUCACUUGGAUUCAAUAGUUAUUCACAAAACGCUGUUGGUCCGUACUCAGAUGGUACUAGAGAAAUGGGUUCAAUGGAAGAAGCUGCUGUAACAGCAGUUGUUAGAGGAAAACUUGACAGAUACACAAUAUAA